AUGGACCCCUUGUCGUCGUUGCUCGUGCAGCAAGAUGUUCGAUUGGUCCCAGCCUCCUCUGCACAGUUUGCAUCGUCCCAGCAACGGGUCGUUGCAAAAGAGAGGGUGCGUGAGGCCGCUACUGCAGAAGGGCCGGAAGAAGUGCGGACACAGACAACGUGCAACGUGAUCAAUCCUCAAAAACGACCUCGCGCACAUGUGCAUCACGAGACUCUAGAUUCGUCUUCACGUGCGAAGAGGCAGAAGUCCACAAAAGGACUUCGACCUGUCCAGAUAGAGAUAGACUCCUCUCCUUCCACACUGGAAAGCACCGCGCAGAACAAACUCGACCAAGCAUAUUCUGUGACCACCACCAGGAGAGACCAACAUCCACCAACACAACAAGACUGCCUUCCUGUGGAUGACAACAUGCCACCACCAUCGGUUCAAUUGGCUUGUGCAGAUCUCGACAUGCUUCGUGGAGGCGGCCACGAUCUGGGCUUGACUCAUCCCGAUGACUACCUGGAGGAAGAAGACCCGUCUGAAUUCGAGUCUGGACCACUGGAAGGCCUCCAAAGUAUGGCAGAGUACGAGAAAGCCUACCCGUAUACUCCACCUCCUCCCAAAGGUGUUGCUCGGCGAUUCAGUGGGAACAAUGGAAAGUACAGCUCCGAGUUCCAGAUGGCGGCUGAUGAACGUGGGUUGAAGAUCGAGUUCGACUUUCGCGAGAAGGAGAAAGGCCGGUUCUGGGCGUGGCUAAAGGUCAACAACGAGCUUCUUGGCGAAGUCGGACCCUAUGCAUCCAAGAAGGACGCAAAGGAGGCUAGCUGCAAGGAGAACUUGAGCAAGCUCGAAGCUUACGGUAACCUCAAGAAGCGUAAGAGCUCUGGCCAGAAGGACAUUCUGUCAUUGACUCCAAAAGGCUUCGAAGACGAGAACUGGAUAGGCAUACUCAAUAGCUACUUGCAGACAAAGCAACUUCCGACUCCAGAGUAUGGGCCGUCGGGGGUGCACCCUAGCAUGGGUCCUUGGUUCUGCACGGUGAGAUUCAAGGGUAGUCCGUUAACACCCUUUGGAUACGGCAUGGGCCCGUUCGGUAGAAAGAACGAAGCCAAAAAGGUGGCAGCCAUGGAGGCUGUACAAUGGCUUCGACAAGAAGGCAAGCUCGACCACGGCACCAAGCGACGUAAGUCCGACGGGUUCUCCACAAGUCCCGGCCCUGGCGACACUGGCCUCACGCAGAGUGUAAAGCAGCUUGAGGUCCAACCACCUCAAGUCCUCACCAACAGGUCACUCGCUCAGCAAGUCCAUGAUGCAGCCUUGCGUCUCGGCUUCACGCAGCCAGCAUUCCCAACUCAACAGCUGGACGGCUCCUUUGUGAACAUGUGCGCAACAUUCAAUCCCAACGAUGCGAACAGGGAGCCGAGACUCGCUGGCGAGGUCUGUAAAGUUGGCCCAGUCUUCGGCAAGAAACCCGCAAAGGAGGAGUGCUGUCGCGAGCUGUUGAGACUACUCGACAAGAUUGAGCAAAGCAGGCAAUCUCUGAUAUGA